CAACCAGGUUUAUCAGAACCAGGUUUAACAGAACUAGGUUUAACAAAACCAGGUUUAUUACAACCAGGUUUAUCAGAUCUAGGUUAAUCAGAUCCAAGUUUAUCAGAACCAGGUUUAUCAGAUCCAGAUUUAUCAGAUCCAGGUUUAUUACAACCAGGUUUAUCAGAACCAGGUUUAACAAAACCAGGUUUAUUACAACCAGGUUUAUUACAACCAGGUUUAUCAGAUCUAGGUUAA